AUGGAUUCAAACAAAACUUCUUGCCCAAUUUGUAAAUCUAAAGACUAAGUAGCUAAAGUUGUUUAUGGAUAUCCAGCGAGAUAAAUACUUUAGUAAGUUUAAAGAAAAGAAGUAAAAUUAGGUGGAUGUAUGGUCCCUGAAAACCCAAAAAAAUGGUACUGCUUUAAUUGUAAUGAAUAAUUCAAUUGA